AUGAAUCGCAAGAAACUGCAGAAGUUAACGGACACCUUAACUAAAAAUUGCAAACAUUUUAACACAUAUGAAGUGAACUGCCUAGUCAAUCUUUUUUAUACCUUGGUGGGAGAUGCAGCAGAACGACCUGGGACAGUUGUUGGACUGGAUCGCAAUGCAUUUCGGAACAUCUUGCAUAUGACGUUUGGGAUGACAGAUGACAUGAUUAUGGACAGAGUGUUCCGAGGUUUUGAUAAAGAUAACGAUGGCUGUGUCAACAUAGCAGAGUGGAUUAAUGGAUUAUCACUGUUUCUUCGAGGGUCUUUGGAAGAAAAAAUGAAAUAUUGCUUUGAAGUGUUUGAUUUGAAUGGUGAUGGAUUCAUUUCAAAGGAAGAAAUGUUUCACAUGUUGAAGAAUAGCCUGCUCAAGCAGCCAUCUGAAGAAGAUCCUGAUGAGGGAAUUAAAGAUUUGGUUGAAAUAACACUUAAGAAAAUGGACCAUGAUCACGAUGGGAAGCUGUCUUUUGCAGACUAUGAACAAGCUGUGAGAGAAGAGACUCUUCUGCUGGAAGCUUUUGGACCAUGUUUACCUGAUCCAAAGAGCCAAAUGGAAUUUGAAGCCCAAGUAUUCAAAGAUCCACAUGAAUUCAGUUAUGACAUGUGAACAUCUAAAUAUCUUUGUCUCUGGAGA